AUGCCUUCUGGGAACGACAACUUAUUCAGUAUAUUUCGCGUCACCAACAAGUUGACCAGUCUGGGCCACGAGGUGCCACGCAGCCUGAAGAAUGUUAUGAAUGACACUCUUGUGGAGCUCAACAAAGAGAUCAACCAGUACACACAGGUCAAUGGUCAUGUGCGUGGUCAGCACAAGGGCCUAUCUGAGCAGAUCAAGGAGUUACAGACCGAGAUCACUACAAUGCGUGCUCAAGUCCAGGAGGCCAACAAUUUGAAGGCAGCUACUCAGGCGACGGCAUUCCAGACAAUGGCUGAUCUUCGCCGCCAGGCGGAACAGGUGGAGGGUGAAUAUCUGGCUUUGCAAAGGCAGUUGGAGAGAUGCCAGGCUGAGCUGGACUCUGCUCACGAUGCAGCGGACAACGCUCAGACAGCACGUGCUGUUGCCGAAGCCCAGUUGGAAGCUCUAAAGAUGGGCAUGACCGAGACUGCAGUUGCGGCGAACAGUGUGAUCGGCGAGCGGACAGUCACUUCCCUCACCGCCGCCACUGCUGGCCUGGGCCAAGAUGGUAGCCACAGCGCAUCAGGUCCCGGUGUUUCUACACCACCAUCCACAGGUUUUCCAGCCGCGGGAGAGGCUACAGACCAAGGACCUGCGAACGCGAAGAAGCGCAAGCUCACGCACGAUGAAGAUGGCCUUUCUACCGAGACGCGCAAAUUUGGAGCCGCCGAGACGUUCUUCCAGCAGACGCUCAAUGCUGUGAUGCAUUCCAGUCCUCCACCCGCGGAGGUCAAGCAGAACGAGACUUUGCCUGGCGAGCCAAGCAUCCUCACCGUCUCAGACACAGAGAUGGAAGAGUUCAGGCUCUUUGACGAGGAGGAUGAGUUGUGA